AUGGUUGCCCCAAAGAGACCGAAUCGAUCACAUACACCAAAAAAGGGUUUCUCGGCUUCACAAUUACCCAAGAAGCCUGCCAAAGCCAAUCAGAGUAUUCUGAGCUUUUUCAAAAAGGCUGAGAAAACUGAAACCUCUCUUUUCCUCGGAGAAGCACCAGCUACUGCCGAAACCGAAGAUCUUUAUUCUGCCGAUGACGCUGACAAUUCGACCCGACACAAUGAAGCCGAUUCACCAAACAAACGGCGUAAAUUGAGCCAAGAGCCCGAGCAAAAAAUCAAGCCGGAAGCUUCGGUGAAAGUCGAAGAGGUAUUGGUGGCCAAAGAAUGUCCAUCACCUACCAAAAGCGACCAAGAACCACAGCGGAAACCGACGAAACCCAAGAUCAAGACUCCCUUUGUGGACUCUGACAGCGAAGACGAAUCUGACGAUGAGGCCAAGGCCAUAAACAACAAGUCUGAAAAAACAGGCCAAUGUACGGAACUUUCCCCGCAUAAACAGGUCCGGACGGACGGAUUGACUAAGGACCAUGAAAAGAAAGAGACAGAUACUAGGACCCCGGCUUUGAAACAGGAAGACUCGACAUAUCAGCAUUUUGACAAUCUAGGAGACAUACCAGACGAAGAAUUCCCCGAUUUAAACGACUUGGAAGGAGAAGAGAUGCGAGUAAUGCGGUUAAUGAGAGAGCAAGCACGAUUAGAGGCGGAGGAAGCAGGAAUAUCGAUCGAAGACUUGGCCGAAGACCCCCUUGACUAUGAUUCCAUGACAGAGAGCUGCCCGAUCUGCAACGGCAGUUUGGAAGGAAUCUCGGUAGAUGAGGCGACACGACAUGUCAACUCCUGUCUCGACGGACACUCAAUCCCAUUACCAAAGAAAGAGAAAACAACACCAGAGAAGACAUCACCCGCAAAGCCCAUCCCAACACCCGAAGUCGAAUCAAAAGAAGUCGCCACCAGAUUUGCACGGGCUGCUGUUCCCAGACCUGGCCAAGCCAACCCCUUGGAGAUAAUAGGCCCCGACUCGGCUCCAAAAACAGCAUUCUCUAAGCUCAUGUCUAGCAAUGCUGAAGAUUCCGCAUGGCAGGAGGCUGCUGCUGCUGAGAAUGCUUCGCGAGGAAAGCAAGCUUACGAAAGGACGUGUCCUUUUUACAAAAUUAUGCCUGGUUUCUCCAUUUGCGUCGAUGCGUUCCGCUAUGGUGCCGUUCAAGGCUGCAAAGCGUACUUUUUAAGCCAUUUCCACAGCGAUCACUACAUCGGAUUGACAGCAAGAUGGUGUCAUGGGUCUAUAUACUGCAGCAAGGUCACUGGCAGUCUUGUCAAGAAUCAACUUCGCACGGCAGCAAAAUGGGUUGUCGAGCUUGAGUUUGACAAGCCCUACGAUAUCCCAGGGACCGAGGGUGCAACUGUCACCAUGAUACCAGCCAACCACUGUCCAGGAAGUUCUCUCUUUCUCUUCGAGAAGACGAUGAAGCAAGGGGCCAAUAGUCGUGUUCAACGUAUAUUACAUUGUGGAGAUUUCCGAGCUUGUCCUGCGCAUGUCAAACAUCCUCUUCUUAAACCGGAUAUUGUCGACUCCAUUUCUGGAAAGAUCAAACAACAAAAGAUCGACAUCUGCUACUUAGAUACGACAUACCUCAAUCCGAAAUACUCCUUUCCGCCUCAGAACGAUGUCAUCAAAGCUUGUGCCGACCUCUGUGGGUCUAUGUCUCCUGAUCCCAACUGUAAAGACGACAUUUGGGAAAAGGCCGGUGGACAGGGCACUCUAGCAGUUAGCAAGUUCUUCCCAAACACAAAGUAUGACGAGAAUGACAAACUCGACACAAAGAAAAAGCCUCCUCAGCGGCUACUUGUAAUUUGCGGCACCUACUCGAUUGGUAAAGAGCGCAUUUGUAUCUCCAUCGCCAAAGCUCUGAAGUCCAAGAUUUUUGCAACACCUGGCAAGAUUAAAAUCUGCAAACAACUUGACGACCCAGAACUUUCUGCUCUUUUGACAUCCGACCCUCUCGAAGCACAAGUACAUAUGCAAAUGCUGAUGGAGAUUCGUGCCGAGACGCUCCAAGAGUACCUCAAUAGCUACAAGCCACAUUUCAGUCGUAUAGUUGGACUCCGACCCAGUGGCUGGAACUUCAGGCCUGCAGGCAAAUCAUUCGGUGCCAACACUCCACCUGGCAGCAUUCAUACCCAACAGAUCCUCCACGAUAGCAAUUGGCGCACGAGAUUUGGAUAUAAAGACUUUGUCCCACAGAGAGGCAGCACCAAGGAAGCCAUGUGUUUUGGGGUUCCAUACUCGGAACACAGCAGUUUUCGAGAGCUAGCCAUGUUUCUCAUGACUUUACGGAUCGAAAAGGUUGUCCCGACCGUCAACGUGGGUAGUGAACAGUCAAGAAAGCGGAUGAAGGGGUGGAUAGAUCGUUGGCUGUCUGAGAGAAGGCGAGCAGGGUUGGUGAUACCGCUCAUUGAAGGCGAAGAUAACGGCCAAGUAGCUGAGAAAGAACUGUGGGAUGGUAAACCUGGCACGGCAGGCAAGGCGUUUUGGUAA